AUGAGGUGUGGUGAGGAGGUAUGGCACUCAGGUGCUAAAUUUGAUAGAGAGACUCCAGUUCCAAUAGAAGAUAUGAAUCAAGCAACAAAAGCUGCAACUCAAUAUGGUGGAAUGAAGUCUCAAAGAGAAGAGGAUUUAGUGGAGAUUAAUGUGUUAGGUCUUCAUUCUCCUGCUUCACCGGAACUCAGAUCCAAGAGUUUUUCAGGGAUUUUAGAUAUCGAUGAAGUAGGUGGUAAGGAGUUGGAAUCUUAUGAAACAAUGAUUAAACCAGAAGAUUCUAAGUGUUUUGUGCAAGCAACAAAGGGAGCAGAAUGGAAGCAGGCUAUCAAGCCUAAGCUACAGUUCGUUGAGAGUAAAAUUCCAUGGUAG